AUGGCAAAUGUUAGAAAUGAAUGUCUUCGAAGAGCUCAAUUAUUAACUAUAGCAUAUAAUAAUGAGGCAAAUGAUCUUCUUCGUUGGUUUCAAAUUGCUCAGGAAAGGCAAACUAAUGGUCAAAGAAUGGCCUUUAGAAAGCAGAAUCUGAUUAAUAUAUUAGUACUAGAGAAGGCAGUUCUCCAAAUAUUAGCUAGGAGGCGCAAAGCUGAGGCCGACUUGGCAGAAUUCAAUCGUGCAUGGGUAUUUAAUAGAUACCAAAAAUGGAAGGCUAGGGAAUUAAAUUCACGACAAAUUAUUUUGAAUUUACAAAACAACCCACUCGGAAACAUGGCUACUAUUCAAGAUGUUAUGCAUACAUUAUCACCUUUACUUGCACAAUUACCCAGUUAUGAUGGGCAGGAACCACCAGAUGUAUAUUAUCAAAGGCUUAGAAAUAUAAAUGAGACUGCACGUCCCUUAGCUGUUGUUGGUUUUAAUCCUGGUGUAAGAUGUCAAGUUAUGAUAAAUAAGAUGACAGGUAGAUUUGCACCUGUUCCUGCUAAUGAUCCAUAUGCCGGAGGUAAUCCAGCUAUUGUUACUGAACCUCUCUUCCUAAACUGGUUGCGUGAAAGAUAUAGAGAAGUUAUGGUAGGGACUAACCGAAGUGCUAUAUUUGCUCUUGUAAAUGAAAAAUUCUUUGAAACAGAUACCCCAGAUAGUUAUGAAAAACGAAUUAAACCACUAGUACAAGCAAUGCAAGAUGCUGAUGCCUUACCUUAUCUAUUUAAUCAUUUGCCUUCUGAUUUAGAAAUGAGAGUUAGAAUUGCUACCCCUGCUACCGUCAAUGCAUUUUUUACAGACUUACGCAAUAUAUGGCAUGAAAAUGUGUAUAAGAGACAGGACUUACGCAAUAUAUGGCAUGAAAGUGCAGGCAAAAGAAUACAAGCUCCUGCACCAACCUCAGUUAGCUUUACUACUCAACCACAAAAAGAUGAUUUUAAAAUUCGGUUAGCAAGAGAUUUAGCUUAUACAGGAAUAGGAAUAAAUGACGCUACAUUAGAAAAUUUUAUUUACGAAGAACUUAAAAAGAGGUUAGGAGGCACAACUGCCCAUGUUAGAAAAAGCCCUUUUACGUCCAGAAGUGCUUAUGCUACAAAGAAAGUUAUUCGAAAGGUAGUGCCAAAAGCAUCUGCAAAGCAAACUCGGCAUUGCUCAGCAUGUGGAAAGGCUGGUCAUACAAAGGUUAAUUGCCCCAAAGGCAAGCGGACUAAAAAAGUUAACUAUGUAUACCAAGAUGAGGUAGAAGAUCCUGAAGACUCCGAAGAAUACAUAGUGGAGGAAGAAGUGGUGGAAGAAGAGGAAAUAGAAGAUGAUGAAGAAUAUGAUGAAUAUGUUGAUAAAAAUGAUGACGAACCUCGAAAUUGCUAUGCAUCAAAAAAAAAGUGCAAUAUAGUUAUGGCUGAAAAUUAUAUGUUUCAAAUAGCCUUAAAAUCUACAAUAUCAUCAUUAGUCCCUCAUUGUCCUAGAGAGAUUCUUAUAGAAAUUUCGAAAUUUAUUAAUAUGAUAUUCACCAAAAUAAAAGACCAUUGCUUGAAUACUGCUAUGUCGAAUGAUACGGUUAAAAGAAGGGAAUUAGCAUGGGGAAAUGUUAUAAGUAAAUUCGAAGACAUCUUAUUUCCACUAUUGCAGGCAGUAAAUAGUGAGCAGAAGCCUCUUUUACAAGUUCCAGAUAAUAAUGAAUCUAUCCUGAAUGCCCCCAGUCUUAAAGAAGAUAUAGUUAUGGCUGAUUCGACUAAAAUUAAGGAAAUUAAUACUACAUCCACUAGUCAUGUUUUACCAGAGAACAUCCGGCUAGAACAUGCUAUUAAGGCUUAUGCAUCGGCUCAAAAAAAAAAUAGCCAAAUAUAUUGGCCCAAGCCCUUAGAGAUAAAUUUUUUACAAAUAAAGGAUGCUGACGACGUUGCAACCAUCUCCUGUAAGGUGGGGAGCGUGACUAUACCCUAUGCAAUGAUUGAUAGUGGAUCAGACUCGUCAAUAGUCUCAGAAAAUGUUGCAAAACAUUUGGGUCUAAAAAUAGAUAAGAAAAAGAUUCAUAGUCUUAAUGGUGUUGCGAGUAAGUCCCAUUCCCUUGGUACAGUUGAUAGUGUUCCUGUAACUAUUGAGGAUGGAGAAAAUAGAGACACCAUUCCGGAUGAAUUCUCUGUCGUCCCUACAGAAUAUGAUGAUAGUGGAAAAGAACUAUCCCUAUUUAUUCUUGGAACACAAUGGCAGUAUCGUGCAGGAUGGGAACCCUUAGUGAAGGGGGAAUUUAAGGCAAGCCGAAAUGGGAAGACUAUUACUAUCCCCUUAUCAGUUCAUAAAUCCCAGCUUGAUAGUGUUCCUGUAACUAUUGAGGAUGGAGAAAAUAGAGACACCAUUCCGGAUGAAUUCUCUGUCGUCCCUACAGAAUAUGAUGAUAGUGGAAAAGAACUAUCCCUAUUUAUUCUUGGAACACAAUGGCAGUAUCGUGCAGGAUGGGAACCCUUAGUGAAGGGGGAAUUUAAGGCAAGCCGAAAUGGGAAGACUAUUACUAUCCCCUUAUCAGUUCAUAAAUCCCAGCGUAAUGUUUUUACUGUAGGGAAGGAUCCAGAACCUAUAAAAAAAAACUAG